ACUGCGAACUGCAGGAGGGGGAGGGCCGCUGAUAACGUAGUCAUGCGUCAAGUCGUGAUCAGGCACCCUGUUGUGGCGGGCCUCCUUGCUCUCGUCCUCACGCUAUACUCGUUUCACCUGCUGGUCAUUAGCGAGAAUGCGGAAGUCAAGAUGGAUGUCGAGAGCGCGGGUUACGAGGCCGCGGAGAUAAAGGAGCGUACCAACAUCUUCUUCCUGAAGGCACACAAAUGUGCGAGCAGUACCGUGCAGAACAUCUUGAUGAGAUUCGGCUUGGAGAGAGGACUCGCUUUCGUGCUUCCCACGGUCAACAACUACAUCGGAAACCCCGAUCCCUUCAGUCCGGACAUGAUAGAUGACACUCUGGCAACAUCCUCCGGCAAGUACCACAUCUUCACCCACCACACCCGGUACAGCCGGGAAUCGGCUCUUGAAGUCAUGUUCGAGGACUCUGCCUUCGUCACCAUUCUCAGACACCCGGCGGACGUCUACGAGUCCAUCUACUCCUACUACAACUUCGAGAAGAUGUUCAACAUCUCAUUCACAGAACUAUUGAAGAGGCCCGAGAAGGUGACGAAGAUCAACAGAAGAUAUUACAACAGAGUCGGUUUCAACCAGAUGAGCUUCGAUCUGGGGUUUCUCGAGGAGGAUUUCACCUCUGAGGUGAAAGUCUCCGAGUUCAUUAAAAAGAUAGAUGCAGAAUUCGACUUGGUAAUGAUGUCCGAGUGGAUGGAAGCCUCUCUGGUGUUGCUAGCCGAUUUGAUGAAUUGGCCCUUGGACUAUGUCGUUUCCCUUAAGCUGAACUCCCGCCCUUCCAAUUCUAUAUAUCUCAUGUCGCCCUCGGAAAGAGAGACCGUCCUGUCGUGGAACAGCGUUGACUACAGACUUUAUACCCACUUCUUAAACAAAUUUCGGAAGCGGAUCAGGGAAUACGGAGAGGACCGAAUGAAGGAGGACAUCCAGAAGUUGCUGACUCUCAACGCCAAACUACAUUUCCGUUGCGUGAAGAGCCUCAAUAACAGGGGGUUUGGCCACACGCAGGCGUACAGACUGAGAGAUGAAGCUGACAGAUUGUGCUAUUAUGCUGCUAGAGGUGAGUUGGCCUUCACGGAAGACCUUCGAAAAAUCCAAUGGCAUAAGGUUAAAGUGAUCGAUAAACUAGAAUCGCUGUUGAGCGAUUAUGAAGAUGAGAUUGCAUGACAUAUUUCUUGUUCGUUCCUCUUUUGGAGGCGUUUAAGUCUCUCUGGAGGACAUAACUCUUGAGCAAGCGAAAUUUCGUAAAAUCUUUCGUGUAAAAGAUUUCAUACAAAAUUAAGGAUCAUCGUGAAAGGUAAUAUUUCCAUGAAUCUGAAUACUUGUUAAAUUUAUUAAUUUCUUUUGUGUAAUAAAUAUGUCUUUUUUAAAUAUUGUUAGUAUAAAAAUGAAAAUUGUGUAACAAUUGUUAAAAAAUAAACUAUGUGUAUUUAAGUUUGUACAAUCGGGUUUAACAAAAAUAACCUAAGUAAAAUAUUACAUAUUGCAAUUAAUGUUUGUUUUACAUACGAUUAUACACAAUAAAAUGUAUUGCACCCCGUUUUUUUUUUUUUUUUUUUUUUUUUUUUUUUUUUUUUUUUUUUUUUUUACGUAAAAAUUGAUGUAGGAUGUUCAGAAUGUCUUCUUCUUUGUAAAGAAUUGAAACACUAUGUAUAAAUCGUAAAAAUAAUUUUAUUAACUAUACAAAACAUGGUCUUAAAUUAAUAGUCAUAUAUUCAUUCUAAAUGUAUCAUAAUAUUUAAUCACAAUUUAUUUAAUAAGUAAACUGAAGUUUAUCGUUAAUAUCAAACUUAACUUAUAGGUCAUUAUUCUUUACUAAUGAUAUAAAUGUAAAUUAUAUAGGGAGUAUCGGUGUGUAUAUACAAAAGGAAUGUACAUAUUGCACUCAGUAAUGUAUAAAAUAAAUUGUAUUAAAUACACAACCUCUUAUAAUGUGCACAUAGAAAAUAUGGAAUCCAGUGUAAAUAGAAUACUUUUUGUACAAUUUGUAGUUAUUUAUUGCUUGUACUUGUUUUUGUGAAAUAUACGGUUUAAAUUUUA